ACUACGCAGUGCUUAAAAGUAUUGAUAUGGCUUAUUGACAUUUUUAUUAUAUGACCGGAUUUAUAAUAUGACCAGAUUUAUUACAUAGACAAAAAUGAGUGAUUUCACCAGAGAUCCGUUUGGACUUCAAGUUCCACGAGCUGAUUCAGAAGAAUCAAUGCUUAACAUUCAUCUGGGUAAUACAAUUGGUGAGAGAGACUGGGCCUGGGAAACCAUCAGUUUUGAAAAAGACCUGUUGGAAAAGAGCUUACUGAGAAAAAUAAAUGAACUACAACUGUUACAUUCUGAGCAUGAAGAGCUAAAGGAACAAUUAGAUAGAAAUGAACAAAAAACAAGAGAACUUCAAUCUGAUCUUGAGAAACAGAUGGAAAAUACAAAAAAAGUAAUUGAAAGAUUAACUGAUGAGAAAUCAAGAAAUAGAAAGCUUGAACUGGAAAAAGAGAACUUCAAAGAUUUGGAGGGAAGAGUAAACGAUAUGACCAACAAGAGGUACCAGUUGGAGCAAGAUAUCAGAACAUUGAACAAUAUUUUGAUAGAAUGCAGAAAAGAACUCGAAGAGUACAAAGAAGAGUUGCAAACGGAAAAAAUCAAACAAAAAUUUCUGGAGCAACUACAUGACAUGAAAGAUACAGCACUUGCAAAAGCCAAUGGCGACAAUAAAAAGUUGAAAAAGAAGCUAUCAAUCCUGGCAGAUGAAAGAGCCGAAUACCAACUCGGCCAAGAUGAACAGAUAGAUAACAAACGAUUCAAACGGAAACGCCUGCAAGAAUGCCGGUAUUGUCAUAAAGCACUGGUUCCGGGUCAAAAUACUGGAACGUGUUAUUAUCAUCCCAGGAAACCUGUCCAUCUCCAUGGAAAUAACGAUCCUAAGAUAAAGAUAUGGCAGUGUUGCGGGCAAGAAGGAAAAUCUGAACCUGAGGGCUGCUGUCAGAAUACAUUUCAUCAACCCCUUUAA